CCUUUCCGUGUGAGUGCACAUCCUAGUCCUGAUGUCUGCCACGUCGCGGGGGCGAUGCGGUCCUGCGGCCGGAGGGAUGCGCGCGAUACUUAUCCUUCUGCUUGUGUUUGUCUCAGGAUGCAGGUGCCAGGCAGACCGAAGCGACAUCCGAAGGCGGGAGGUGGUGCAGGGUGGCAACAUCACUCUCACAUGUUACGCCGAGCCGGGGCAUCUGCGUACGUACCGUUGGGUGUACAUUCGCUCCGACACUCGCCUGCCGCAGGUUCUCAGCGCAGGGAGGCGGCUUGUCAUCGGGGAACAGAGGUUCAAACUCGUCACAAAGGUCGAGGAUGAGCGGGUGGCCCUCCAGCUGCAGCUCUCCGACGUGCAGCUCCUCGAUUCCGGCCUCUUCAUGUGCUGGCGGAAAGGCGUUCGUCCAGACCCGCAGAUUCUCCUGACGGUGCUAGAACCCGGCACACCCUCAGAGCAACAGGUGAUCACACAGCUGUCAGGCCCGACGGAGGUGCAAUACGGAGAAUCAGCUGUUUUCAUUUGCAACAUCAAACCUGCUUGGCCAGUCAAGGUGACCUGGCUCAAGAACGGCGCCGAGAUCCCCGCGACGGCCAGGAUCUUCACGCAGAAGGUGCAGCGCGUGGCGGCCGAGGACGGGGACGGCGAGGUCCUGCAGGCGACGCUUUCCGUGGACUCCGUCAGGAACAACAAGACCUUCACCUGCCGCAUCGAGACGGAGCCGCCGAAGGAGCGGAGCGUCCAAGUCGCCGUCAGAGUGGCGCGCGUGCAGGCGCUGACGGCGGAGCCAGACAAGGACUCGGUGGAGUACGGGCAGCCCCUCAAGCUCACCUGCGUCGUCUCGGGCACGAGGUCGGAGGUGGUGUGGCUGAAGGACGGAGCCGAGAUGGCGUUCGGUCCCUCCGUCCCCGGCAGGGAGAAGGUGUCGACGGAGCGCCCUGGGGACACCACCGCCUCCACCAUCUACAUCGACGCCGUCUCCUUCAGCGACAACGGCCACUACGUCUGCUACAUUCCCGGCGCCUCCAAGGACAUCCUCAUCAACAUCGAAGGUCGACCUCCGAGAUUGUUAGGCGUGACAGGAGGGAAUUUCUUCGAGGACGAGCCACUCACACUCCGCUGCUCCACGCAAUACGUCAAGCACAAUCAGAUCUCGCCGGUCACAUGGCAGUUCGAGGGCCUUCCCUUGGACCCGCACGUGUACAGGGCCCGGAUCGAACAGAACGAGUAUAACGUGACGGUCCACGAGCUGGUCAUCCCCGUGGGCCGAGGUCACCACACGGGCACCUACGAGUGUGUGACGCCCUUCGGCAGCGCCAGCAUCUACGUCGACCUCUUCGUCCCUCCGUCCCUGGGGGAGCCCCUGCCGUCGGAGGUAGAGGUGGAGGAGGGCCGACCACUGGAGGUCUCCUGCAGCGCCGUCGGCAGGCCCCUUCCCUCCGUGCAGUGGGAGAAGCUGGUUGAGGACACGUGGGUGCCGGCCUCUGACCUGGAGGGCGUGGACGCGAGGCCGGACGGGCUCCUGAGGAUCGAAUCCGCGAGACUCGACCACGCCGGCGACUUCCGCUGCGUCGCCAGGAGCGAGGCAGGAUCCUUCCUCGCCGGGAUGCUCCUCCGCGUCGACCGCAUCCCCGCCGAAGUGGUGGAGAUGAUGUCCCCCGAAGACGUCCUGGAGGGCGAUAACUUCACUGUCCUCUGCACUGUCGCUAACUUCAUCGGACCGGUCGAUUUCUGGUUCAACGGCGCACCGCUCGAAACCGCCCUGCAGCCGAGGUACAGCAUGGAGACGUACCUGCGCGAUGACGGCCUCAUGAACGUGUAUCUGACGGUGCAGGAGGCGACGCUGGAGGACUCUGGCUUCUACGAGUGCCACGCAGGACCUCAUUCCUCCCUCACUACAGACGUCAUGGUGCAGAAGCGACCGUGGGAAGUUCUUGAUAUAAAAGCUUCACACGCGAUACUGGGACAAGAUUUCUUCUUAAGCUGCAUCGUCAAGGAAUGGCCGAAGAAGGUCACCUUCUACCACAACGGCAAAGAGAUCGGCGAGCACAGCGACGCCCGCUACACCGUGCACGCCCCCGACGCCAGCGAAGAGGAGGGCGCGACCCUCACGCACGUCAUGAAGGUGGCCGCGGCGAGGCCCGAGGACGAGGGCGUCUACCAGUGCUCCCUCGACGGCUACAGCUCCGCCUCCGUCGCCGUCGUCGUGGAAGAGCCUCGAGAGGAAGUUCUGGGAAUCGCCGCGUCGGCAGCCGUCCUGGGCCGCGACUUCAACAUCACGUGCCAAGUCCAAAACUGGGAAAAUGAUGUGACCUUCGUGCACAACAACGUGGUGGUUGAGCCCGAGCGAGAGUGGCGCUACGAGGUGUCCAAGCUCCCCGGGGAGCGGCCUGAGAUCAGCUCCCACGUGCUCACCGUCACGAGCGCCUCCCUCGACGACUCGGGCUACUACGAGUGCUACACGAGCCCCAUGGCCUUCGAUGCCGUCGCCGUCGAGGUCUGGAGGGAGGCAGACGUGACGCUGGAGCUGCAGACCCUUGACCGCCCCAACUGGAUGGACGCCCCCAUUCCCAUGAACUGCAAAGUCGAAGGCGUGGAUCCGAACAAAGUGACAAUAAUGUUCCUGCAAGAGGACACGCCUCGGGUCGCGAUCCAGAACAAGACCAAGAUGUCGACCUCGAAUGACCUGGUUUACAUCACGAUCACGGAGAAACCCGACUCCCCCGCAAUGCCUGAGACCACCUUCACCCUCGGUUUCUACUCCCUCAGCCAGAACCACUCGGGUUUCUGGUCGUGUGAGGUCCUGCACCCCAGCGGCGCGUCCUUGGGGAAGGCUGUGCUCUUCCUCGAAGUCGCUGACAUACCGAAGUUCGUAGUGACACCCCCUGAAGAAGUUUUCGAAGACCUGGGCGAGGACCUGUACCUCAAUUGCUCCACUUCGGGUCCGAGUGACACCUCCGUCGCCUGGUAUAGGAAGGGCAUCCCGGAACCCAUCGUUUCACGCCCGCAGUCGGCGUCCCUCUUCAUCCCCGGCUUCACGAGCACCGAUGAGGGCGAAUACUACUGCCAGGCGAGCGUCCACGACCGAGAGAUCAGGGCAGAGACGGUCCUGAGACUCAGAACCCCGCAGCCGAAGGUGGAGUCGGUCACAACGGCGCCUGGCGUGGAGGGGGAGGACCUCACCAUCACCUGCACUGUAUCCUACUGGAAUGAACAGGUACUCUUCUUCAUCAACGGCGAGGCAGCGGAUCCCGAAACCUCCUCCCGGUACAGCCUGCAGCGUCAGCCCGGUCCCGGCGAGGAGUCAGUAGCCCACAUCCUGACGGUGCACGACGCCCGGCCGGAGGACGGGGGCGUGGCCGAGUGCUUCAUCAGCCUCGACGAAUUCGGCUCCGCCCUCGUCGAGGUGGCAGAGGCGGGUUCAGCUCCGCCCACUCGCCCCCCCACCGAUGACCUAGGAAUCGAGGAGCCCGGCCUGCCCCCCGGAAGGAUCAUUGACCUCGUUGGACCUGCUUUGGUGGAGGCCGGGUCGACGCUCACGCUCACCUGCCUAGUUAGCCCCGUUAUGCAGGAGGAAGUGGUGUUGACCCACGACGUGUUCCUCCUCCACGUGGGCGACCUGCGCAUCACCAACGACCCUCGAGUUGACGUCGUUUCCGGAACCAACGACAACGGAACGAGACUCAUCUUCCUCAACAUCGCGCAGGUGCGGCCCGAGGACGGUGGAGAGUACAGGUGCGACACGUCCACGGUGCCGCCCGCCUCCGCCACCUGGAUCGUCAGCGUCGUCCCGGCCGGCGCGCUCGCAGCAACCACAGCCCCGGCGACCACAGCUGUGCCAUCAACAACGCCGACAUCGAGUGAAGAAUACGAUUAUGAAGCCGAAAGAAGAAGAAAUGUUUGAGAUGCAUUAUUGUCGAAGAGAAACAUCAGAACUACUUAAUCUACAGGAAAUCCAGGUGCCAGUCCAAACAGGACGCCGCGACCCUGUGUGCGUCCAUCAGGAACGACACCGGAGGCACGACCCUCAUCAAGGACGAAGGAACGACCCUGUGUCCGUUCACCGGCUCCCGCUCCUUCACGUACCAGAUUCCCUACGGCGUGUGCGACCUCGACCACUCCAAGCUCUCCUCCAUCAAUAACGACACCACACUCUUCUUCCUGUACAACCCGUGUCCCAAGCAGACUAACCCGAACGUAUUUCCUUAUCCGGAGCGAGUUGCCUGCGUAGCCUUCUGGAGCGACGGCAACACCCAUUACUUACUGGGGCAGCUUCUUGCCUUUAGAUACGGGGAUCCUGAAUACCGCUGCUACAUCUACGAGGAGAAACCCGGUGAGAAUUACCUCUUCAGCAUGACGAGGACCUCGUCGCACUGCGGGUCCUACAGUCAGGACUACGAGUACUUCUACAGGAUCUACAAUGAGUCAAUAGCGCCCGGCAUGCCUGUAAUAGAGGGCUAUGACCCCACGAAGGAGCUGUACCUCGGCGCGCCCCUCCGCCUGGUCUGCCGAAGCAGCGGAGGGUUCCCGCCGGCGGAGCUCAAGUGGUUCAGGAACGGCGACGAGAUCCCUUCGGAGAGCCUCGAGACGAAGGCGGGGUCCGAGAACCACAUCGACGUGCUGAUUCGCGAGGAGGACGACGGGGCCGAGUACCGCUGCGACGCCACCAACUUCGCCGACACCCUCGCCACGUCCGUCGUCUUGUUCCUGCGUCCCGUCUCAGAUCUAACAACGACUGCAGAGCCAGAAAUAACGACAACAGCAGGGACAACAUCGACGACAACAGCCGAAACAACCACAGAUGCAACUACUACAGCCACAAUAACAACAGAUGCUACAGCAGCAACAGAUGACACAGCAACAACAGAUGCCACAGCAACAACAGAUGCCACAGCAACAACAGAUGCUACAGCAACAACAACUGCAGCUCCAACAACAACAACAACAACAACAACAACAACAAUAACAACAGUAGUUCCAUCAACGACGACUACAGAGUUCUUCUAUGAAUACUACGUUGACGAGGUCCCGCCCAUUUUCACGGCCUUCCCGGACACGCCCCUCGAAGUAUACGAAGGAGACUCGCUGAACUUGACCUGCGCCGCCGAGGGAACGCCCAUGCCCCACGUUCAGUGGAUAAAGAGAGGCGAGGACUUACAGCGCGUCAACUUGACCGAACAUGUUCUGGGCGAGGCCGUUCUGGUUCUAAAGGACGCUUCUGACUCUGAGACUUACUUCUGCGAGGCGGGAUCCGAGAGCGGGUUCGUCGUGAAGGAAGUCGAUGUUCUCGUGCUGGGCCCGCCGCCCCCCCAGAAUGUGCGGCUGAUCUCCCUGACGGAGACGAUGGCGGUGAUUGGCUGGGAUCCGGUGGAGGAAGCCAAGUUCUACACGGUGUUCAAGAACUACUCUUCUUCGCAGGGCGAGGCGGUGGACGUCUUCGAGACUAAUUCUUACGUCUUCACAGGUCUGGAGCCUUACACGAAAUACGAGUUCCGGGUGGCGGUGGUGACGGCCAGCGACCAAAUAGCUCUGUCAGAGUCCAUCUUUGCAAUCACAGGAGAUACAGCCCCCGACCCGCCCACUAUUGAAGGCCUCGACACCGUGCUGAAGUUCGACGUCGGGGAGGCUGUGAACCUCACGUGCGUCAGCGGAGGGGGAAUAUCGCCUCUGGUCAUGACGUGGUACAAGAAUGGCGUGCAGAUGGCCGGCGCCGAGAUCAGGUCGGGGCUGAUGCUGAGUCUCGUGCUGCAGGAGGAGGACGACGGGGCUGAGCUGCUGUGCCAGGCGGCGAAUUACGUUUCUGCGGUUAAUACUUCUGUGGUCGCUCUUAUAAAGGAAGGCGUGUGCAAGGUCCCUGCGGAGUGGGCGGGCGAGUGGUACUCCGGCUGGGACCAGGUGGGCGUGGCGUCUGACCUGUGGCUCGACCAGAUCUGCCUGACGUCUUCAAGAAACCGAUUCCUUGUCAAGAAAGAAUGGAGAGACUGCAACACAUGCUACGUAGUCACGGAGAAACACCCCAACAUCCUUGAGUAUAAAGAAUCCCAAUGCGAGGCGACGGACGACCUCCAAGCGCUGUGUUCAACCAUCGACCCCGCGCAGCCGCCCACCCACGUCAUGCGCAUGGACAGCACGACCGAGUGUCCGUUCCUUGGGCUGCGUCCGUUCACGUACCGACUGCGCCACCGAAGCUGCACCGACGAACCGUCCCGACUUACCUCCGAGAACAACGGAACCGAACUCGUCUUCCACUACGACCCCUGCGCUGAUGAUACCGACUUACAUAUCGACGUUCGGUCGGAGAGGAUCGAGUGCGUGGGGACGUGGAGCGAGGGCAACGCCAGCUUCCUCAUGGGGAAACUGGAGUCGAUCCUCGGCGGGGAGCCUCGCUACCGCUGCUUCACCUUCGCCGAGGAGGAGGACGAGGAGGAGGCGGGCGAGGGGCACCGCUACGUCGUCAGCAGAACCUCGUCGGAGGCGUGCGCCGCCCUCGGGGAGAGUUCCGACAGCUCCUACAAGAUAUUCGGGGAAGCGGUCGCCCCCGGGGAACCGACCAUCCACGGCUACGACGCGUCCGAGCUGGUGAAGGUCGGCGCGGCCCUCAACCUGACGUGCAGCAGCGGCGGUGGAUUUCCCCGCGCCAAGCUCACGUGGCUCAAGAACGGAGAGGUAAUCCCUUCGGAGACGGUCCAGGAGGGCGGGAAUUCAGUGGCCGUCGUUGAGGUCACCGUCGAGGGGCCGGAUAACGAGACGGAGUACCUUUGUCGAGCCUACAACUUCGUGGCGGAUUUCAGCGCGAGCGUCGUGGUGCGCGUGGAGCAAGCCUCCUUGCCCGCGUUCGAAGACAUCAUGGUUCCGAAUGUGGUCGUAGUCGAGGACGAGACGGCAUUUCUUCCAUGCAUUCGGACACAGGCGGAGGAUAUCAAGAUGGACUGGUUCGACGCCGACAUCGAGACGCAGCUCACGUCCGGCACCACGAUCUUGGCCGACGAGAAGACCCACCUGCAGCCAUGGGUCAGCGACGGGGUCAUGGGGCUCAUGAUCCUGGCAGGGUUUGUGGACACGAACUACGCCUGCAACGUGAAUGGCAGGCGCGUAGGCAACACAAGGGCGGUGAUAUUGGCUCGAUACCUCAUCGGGGAGGGAGGUUAUGAGGCGUUUGACGACCACCUCGACUUCGCGGACUACCACAAGACGGUCCGGGAGGGCAGCGACGUCUUCCUGAACUGCACCGUCGGCUCCAACAGCUCCUCCUCCACAGUCCGGUGGAGACGAAACCCGGGCUCAGUCCUCCUGACGCAGAAUGACAUCAGCCUGGCCGAGGACGAAGGCUACACCGUCGACGUCGUAGGGAACUCGUACAUCCUCUACGUGGCCCGUGCGGAUGUCAGACACGCUGGUUCCUACUUCUGCCAGAUAAUAGUGGACGAGGUGGAAGUCUUUACGAAGAACUUCACCAUUAACAUCGAUGAAUUAACACACACAUACAUGGGUCAAAACGGCAGCAUCAACUGCUACGCUCUCCCGGGAGAGGAGAUCAAGUUCAUCCACGAAGGCCGAGAAAUCCACCCGUCCACCGCUAACGAGACGGAAAAAUACAGCAUCACGAGGACCGAAGAGCGUGGCCAGGUCUUGACGGGAAGGACAGGGACCCUUUUCACGCUGACGGUCUUCAAUGCCUCCCUGGACGACGAAGGACUCUAUCAGUGCGUUAUGGACAGGGACUACGGCGACGUGAUCCUGAGAGAGGCUGUGCUCCUUGUCGAUCUCGAGGACCUGACACCGUAUACCAAUGAGUCUGCCAUCAGUGAGCUGCCAACAACAACAAAACUGCAUCUACCACCACAACUUCUUUCGGUCUCUUUGACUGGUGGGGCACAACAACCACUCCGUCGUAUACAGAGGAAAUGACAACAACAACAACUAAAAUUCCCAAGUUUAAGAUAACAACCACAACUGAGCCAUUAGUGUCCUGGGAGACCACUACAACUUAUCCCGUAGAUGAGAGAACAACUACAACCAUGUAUUAUACAGACGAGACAACAACAGCGGAUUCGCC